GGAAGCAGAGCUGAAUCAGAGCAUCAACAUGGCUUCCACGGGGCUGGUCCUGCUUCAGCUGCUCCUACUGGUCUCACUGGUGUCGGCGUCUCAUUUCUUCGGAGGAAGCUCGACCUUCACCUACAAAGGAAAAAACCCAGAUGGAACAUUUCAGGUGGUUGUUCGUAACCGGGCAACCAUUGAUGGAUGCGGCACCCUCAGCUGGGGCUGUGCAAGUGGCAACUGUGGCUCCAUCACCAAAACUCAGAACUAUGUCACCGACAAGAGCACCAACUCACCUCAGAGCACCAGCCAGUGGUGUGAAACAGAAACCGUAGAGACGAGGAAGGUCACCAGUGACAGGCCGUUUGAGAUGAGGGCAUCGAGUUGCUGCUGGAUCAAUACACGCAACAGCGUGAAUAACUGGAGGCUGAAUACUCUGGUGGAUUUGGGAAUCAGAUCCGACACCAGAGAACCAAACAGAUCCCCAGACAUCACCAUUCUUCCCUUCAUGAGAGUUCCUGAGAACUGCCCGCGGACUUACAAGCUGACUUCUUAUGAUCCUGAUGGUGACAGAGUCCAGUGCAGGUAUGGAAGCAUCGCCAACGUAGAGUGUGACCAAUGCGUCACACCUGCAGGCUUCCACCUUGAUCAGAACUCUUGCACGUUGCACUACCAGUCUGUUGCUGCCAACCUCAAAGCUUUUGGGUUUGAGAUGGUGAUAGAGGACUUUUCGCGAGGGAACAUCAAUCUGUUCUACUCAGACGGGUCAAAGUCCUACAAGCAUCCACUGCUCGCAAGGAGGAAGAGGGAGGCUCCGGAGUCAGCACCACAAAAUGCAGCCACGGUUCACCCGAUCACCAGGCAGCAAUACGCCAACACUCCCGCCCUCAGCAAACUACCGCUGCACUUCUCUUUACUCGUGGACCCAGCUGCUCCCUCGUGUCAGGAGGGAACCUACUUGCCCAAGUUUGUGCACCCGACAUCUGAAAAUGGAGCUCAUAUCACAGCAGAGGUUAACAAGGAGCUGGAGAUCAGAAUCAGAGCACAAGCGACACAUUCAGUAAUAAAAGAUUUAAUCAUCAGCGGCCCAACAAACGUCACCAAGCACAAGACCACACAUGAUGAGUUUGUCAUCAGGUGGACUCCGGUCCCGGAAGACUUCGGAGAUCAUUUCCCAGUCUGCUUUGCUGUGGAAUCUGCAGCAGGGUCUAGUAUAUAUCAGUCUGAGAUGAGGUGCGUUGUGGUGGACGUCGGGAAGGAACAAAUUGAAGCCAAAGUGACCUGCAGUGAAACCACAAUGACAGUGGAGAUUGACAAAUCGUCCUUCUAUGGACUCCAACCGGAUCACGUUCGUCUCAGUGACCCCACCGACACCGCCUGCAGCCUGGAGAGGUAUUCCAACAGCACUCACAUCGUUGGUGUCAUCCCCCUCAACGCUUGUGGUACUCAGAUCGAGGAAGAUGAUGACAACCUCUACUUCAAGAAUGUAAUCACCACAGUGGAGGAAGAUGAAGUUCUGAUCACCAGGAGGCACCUGGUGGAGGCUCGCUUCUACUGCCAGUACCCCAAAAAGGGCAACGUGACCCUGGGCUUCACAGCACACAGAAAGAACGUCACGGUGUGGGAGAGAGGCUUCGGUACGUUCACCUACCAGUUUGAGUUCUACCCAGACCUCCAGUUCAGAACUAUGAUCGAUCCAAACUCGUACCCUCUGGAGUACGACAUCGGGAGCAGGAUUUACAUGCAGAUAGACGCCUCCUCCUCCAUCAACAACACCGUGAUGUUUGUGGACUCCUGCAGAGCUGCACCGUACGACAACCCCAACUACCAGCCAACCUACUCCAUCAUCGAGAACGGCUGCACAAUGGACCCGACAGUUCAGAUCCAUGCCCCCUCUGAGGACAACCAGUUCAGGUUCAGCAUGGAGGCCUUCAAGUUCAUUGGCUUGCAUGACCAGGUCUACAUCAGCUGCUCAGUCAUGAUGUGUGAAGCAGGGAACCCCAACACCAGGUGCUCACAGGGAUGCGUGAACUCCACAUGGUCAGGCGGUCACAUGCACUACCAUCGUAAGAGAGAGGCUGUCAUCCAGAGCGGCGAGCACUUCGUUUCCCAGGGUCCCCUGCGUCUGAAGCGGGCAGCAGACGCCAGGAUCGGAGGCUCAGACAUCAGCCUGAACCUGAACCUGGUUUUCAUCGCUGGAUGUCUUCUUGCUGCUGUUGGCAUGGUCUGUGGUGUGGUCCUGUACAAAACCAAGACGUCAAGGGUCAAGUACCAGCCUCUGCCCUCAUAUGAAAGCUAAAACUGCAGCGUGUACCAGCUCAAUACUUUUACCUGCUUUUAUUAUUCUAAUGUCAGAUUUUGGGUUCUGGUUUAUUUUCUUGUCUGCAUUUAAGCUGAUUAAUGAUAUUUUAACAUCUUGAAGUGUGAAUCCAGCUGUUUUCAUUUAAGCUAAAAGAAGAAAUUAGUGUUUGUGCAUCUGGAAAACCAAAGAUUUCAUCUUAACAAGUCUAGAAGGACGAGUCUGGCUCUGCAGCUGCUGGGUUUCUAGUAUAACAGGGAAACGGGUUAAAAUAUCUACUUUUAUCCAGUUACAAUCAAUCCUCUGAAUCAAAGAUGACUCGUUUUCUUUAUGGAUAAAAAACAAUGUAUAUUUUCCUAUGAGGGCCUGUGUGCUGUGGUUAAUGGCUCAAUAAAAAUGCUCAU